UUUCCUCUGAUGAGUCAUCAGUAACAACUAUAUAAACAACAUAUAGUAUAGUAUAUGAAGAUGAAAGAAAAAGAAACAAAAUUAUCACAUAAUUGAUCAUGUCAUCAAAAUCAAAAGUUAAAGCUAUGUUGUUGAUCUUUAAGAUAAUGACGUUGAAUGUAAUGACACAUGCAUGUGGCCCAUGCACUCCACCUUACCACAACCGACCAACCCAUCCGAAACAUCCAAAAGUAUCUCCUCCAGUGGUGAUCGUGCCGCCGAUUAUCAUCACUCCACCAUUACAACCACCUCCGACGAUCAUAUAUCCUCCUCCGGCUCCGAUCAAUGAACGAAGUUGUCCAAUCGAUGCAUUGAAGCUUGGAGUUUGUUUGGAUGUCCUUGGAGGAGUUGUACACGUGGGAAUAGGGAACCCUGUUGAGAGUGUGUGUUGUCCUGUUAUUGAAGGGUUGGUUGAUCUUGAAGCUGCAAUUUGUCUUUGCACUGUUAUUAGGGCUAAGCUUCUUAAUCUUAAUAUUUUCCUUCCUCUUGCUCUUCAACUUUUGAUAACUUGUGGGAAGAAUCCUCCUCCUGGCUUUCUUUGUCCACCUCUCUAAGUUAUGAUGCAUGUUGCAUAGUUUAGUUGCUAGUUACUACUAAAUUAUGUGGGUUUUAGAGUUGAAGGUGCAAUUAAUAUAUAUAUAUAUAUAUAUAUAUAUAUAUAUAUAUAUCGCUCGUAUAACUCUCAUAUAUGCAAGCACAAAACUUGUUUAAUUCACUACUCUGUAUUAUAUAUCUUCUACUAUCUAUAUGCAUGUCUCUCAUCUUUCUUUAUGCCAACCACAAGGUUUUUGUAGAAUCUCGCAUUUCAAUUUUACCAGAGAUUUGAUUCAAUCCAUCAUAAAUGGCACCCUCUGUUGUUUUCACGGAGAAAAAUGUUGUGAAUAAUAACUAUAUGUACAUUGCUUAUUUCUCUUUAA